AAGACCCGCAGAGAAGUGAAACAGGAUCAAAGACCCGAAAUUCGUCCCAGGAUCAAAAUACGAAACGAAAGCUCCACUUGUCACCGCCUGAAAGGUGUUUUAUUUGUGGUCUCUCUCGCAUGUUUUGGAAAGGAGAGCUUUAAGCUAUUUUCGUGUUGUUGUGAGCCUUUAAUGAUCGAUUGGUACAGCAGUGAACUUAGUCAGGAUUUAAGUAGGUUUUUAGAUAGUUUACAUCCAACUCGAAAAUCACGGAUACUCAAGAUAUAGAUCUUGUCUGUUCUGCUCACAAAUAACGACAAGCACAAAAUGUCCAUGACGGAAGAAGAAGGAACUCGCGAGGCGCUGCGCCUCGCCCGCAUGCAGGCGAUGCUGGACAAGGGAGACGCUCCGGUCCAGGCGAAAUAUAUGCGACAUCAGGGGAAAGACCAAGCAACCGAAAAGGAAGCAGCAGCCCUCUCCUCGCCCACGACGCACGAGAUGAAGCCGGCAGCUGCAAAUGAUGGAGAACAAAAGGGACAGUCCGAGUCGUGUCCUCAUCGCGACACCGCUGCCACGACACCUGCCACGGUCACAGAAGCAGCAAGCCAACAAGCGGGAAAUAUAGUUGUGGAGUCCUCCGUUCUGGCCACCGAUGGUACAGAACAGACUACAUCUGCAAAGCCCGACGAAGGACAGCAGCAAGAAGCGGAGCCGCCGACGAAGAAGCGCAGAAAAAACGACAAGCGGGGGCAGUACAAGAAUAAGGAGAGGCAGCAGAUGCAGAGAGAGGAGCGGAAAUUCAACAACGUGGACCGGCUGCAGACGAUUUGUCUCGAGCUCGCCUUCUGGAACCGGUGCGAAAGCAGCGGAUGCACACUCGGAAGUAGAGCAGCGCGGUGCCAUUUGUCCGCACCGGAGGUUGAUCUGUCAGGAACAACAGCCGGAAGCUCCUGCAAAGAUGGACAGGAACAGCAAGCCGGAAAGAGCCAACCAGAAGGGGGCAGUUGUAACACGACCAAAAUCUGCCGGCGCAAUCACGACAUUGCGAAGAAGCUUCUGGAAAUCAAACAGUGUGGCGGAAUGCCGUAUUCUUUGCCGGAGAUGGCACAAGCCGCAGCUGAGGGAGCGGUUGAGGCGGGAACAGAGCCGAUAGCUUUCACUGCGAAAUCCACAUCUUCGGGACUGGAAAUGGCCGGCGAAAAGAAAGAGGACGUCGUGGAGAUGGUCAGUACUGGCAAUAUCCCUUGUCUCGUCUACCGCACCAACGGGUUUUGUCCCGCUGGCGUGAACUGCUUGUGGGCCGGAGACCAUGUGGAUCUCAACACCGGGGAAAAUCUCUUUGACUGGGACAAGAUUGCGGCGAAGAAGGCGGAAAUGGAGUUUGGGAAGGGAAGGGGCAUGACAUUGACAAAUAGUUCGUCUUCACCUAUUGGGAAAACUUCUGAUAGUACCUCAGAAACGGGUUUAAUAUCCGAGUCGCAAAAGCAGAAGCAGCCGGACGAGUCCAGCACUGCUUCCCCCACGACGGCGUCGACAAAAACAGAAGAUUGCUCUUCACCGGAACAUCACGCAGGAGAGGAAAAUGUAGUUCAACAGAACCAAGACGCCACGAAUCCUGCAGUUACGGGUGUAACAAAAACUUCCCGUGAUAUAAUUAUGCCAAAAAAAUGUGAAGAAAAAAGUACAUCCUCCAACAUAAUUUUCGACAAGCAAAAGGAUCUGAUUUCCUUCAUCCGGAAUGAUUUGGGGUGUCUCUCCCUCCAGUCCGGUAUUCACGAAACCAACCAGCUAAAUGACGACAUCCGGAACCAACUUCGGCGCAAGAAAAUCGCAUUUCCAAAAAGCGACGAAGUGGUGGCGAAAUUCCAUUUACUGAGCAAAACGAUGGACGACUCGGCGCUCUCCAAUGUUGAGACAAAAAAUUCAUCAGAAACUGCGACAAUAGAGGAAAAAGUUGACACGAAUAAUGAAAGUGGAGCAGCACCAGCAGGUGCGAUUCGCGAAGGCGUACAAGGUAUCAUCGCAAACACAAGCGUCGACUCUACAGCAAACACCACAACCCCUACCUCUCCAACAUCUCGGCUCGGCGCUGGUCUCGAGACUUCGGAUCGGCUCCACGACUUGCCGCGGGAGCGCAUCGAGAAAAAGAAGAAAAUUUUCAACGCGAAGAAAAUCCUCGCUCCACUGACGACCGUCGGCAACCUCCCCUUCCGCAGACUGUGUGUCGAGUUGGGUUGCGAGGUGACCAUGUCCGAGAUGGCCUUGGCGGAAUCGAUAUUGUAUCCUGUGCAAAAGUAUCGUACUCGUACGAAUUGCAGGUAUGCAUGACAGAUCUGGUUUCCUACCCAAAUCUGCAUUACAAAUUCCAAUUUUCUUCCUGAUCAAAUUUGUCAUGCGAUUUAUACUAGUACGAUACUUUUGCAAUGCAUAUAUUGCAGGGGAACAACUCGGAACUCGCCAUGCUCCGUCGACACCAUAUCAACUGUGAAAAUGUAGUCUGGGUUUGGAAACUUGUGAUGCAAGUCAGGGAAAAAUGCGCACACUGUCAUGCACUGCAAGCAUGACAAGGUUUUCCGUAGUUCAGUGUUGCGUAGUCCGCAUUAGAAACUGCGUUUUUGCAUGACAGGCAAGAGAAGCCCUUUGCGGCCACGCAAGACAGAGCUCAGAGUCAUGCUGGACUAGCAUGACAAAUCCCGGAAUCUUCCAGACCCAGACAUUUUUGCACUUGAUACACCACAGCGAGAAGCUGUUCGGAAUCCAGAUCACCUCCGGCUCGGCGGGGGCGAUGACGAGGUGCGCGGAAUUUUUGCAAAAUAACACGGACUGCGACUGGAUCGAUAUCAAUGCCGCCUGUCCGUUGGAUCAGCUGCACACGAAGGGCUGCGGGUCGAUUUUAACGGUGAGGGAGAAAGCGUUGCGGCAGAUGGUGUACGGAAUGAGAACCGUUUUGCAGGAUUCGAACACUUUGUUGUCGACAAAAAUCCGGAUAAGCCACUACGACAAGUGCGACCGGUACAACGCGCUGAAAUUGUUGCCGAAAUUGGCCCAGUGGGGGUCGGACGCCGCGAUUCUGCACGGGAGAACCGCGAAACAGCGGUACACAAAAUUGGCGAACUGGGACUACUUGAAGUCUUGUCAUGCGGAAUUGGGAUCACAGAACUGCGAGUUGCCGUUGGUCGGCUGCGGGGACGUGCUGUCGUACGAGCAGUACGAGCGGUACUUGGAGGAAAACUACGUCGACAGCGUCAUGAUUGGCCGGGGAGCGUUGAUCAAGCCAUGGGUACUAUGCUCGUGGGGAUUUUAUCUAAGUGUGGUUUUAAGAUGAUGCGCUUUAUUGCUUGUCGGUAGGUUGAGGUUCCCAUGCUCAUCUCGUCUCAUCCAUCUCCAUUCAUGUACAACCACUAAAUUAAUGUACGUGACGAGUGGUGUUUGUUCGUCUUCGAACAACUUUCUGUGACGUGCACAAAAUUUACGUAUUCCAAAACACCAAACAGAUAUUCCAAGAGAUAACCGAACGGCGGCACAUCGACCUCCACGCGACCGAGCGGUUGGAUCUUGUCAAGAAGUACUGCCAAUACGGUUUGGAGCACUGGGGUUCGGACGAGCGGGGCAGGGACACGACGCGGAAAUUUCUCCUGGAGUGGCUCUCCUUUUUCCACCGCUAUCUCCCGGUUGGGUUGCUGGAGCGGGAGUAUCAGGGAAAGAUGACCAUCAACAUGCGGCCGCCGAAGAACUGCUUCGGCCGGGACGAUCUCGAGACGCUGUUGAUGAGCGGACAGUGCGAAGACUGGGUGAAGAUUUCGGAGAUGUUCCUCGGGAAGUGCGGGAAGGGGUUUAGUUUCGUACCAAAGCACAAAUCCGCCAGUUACGAUAAAAGAGAGGGCGAAAUCGGUGGUAGUGCUGCAGCUGCGCCGAUCACAGCGUCGGGGUGAUGAAAAACAAUAGGAUGGGAAAUGCGACAAGUGAAGUACUAUGCUGAAGAAAAAUAAUGACGAGGAAAGAUGUUGAAGCGAGUUUAGUACGUAGAUUCUUCAAACGACUUUAUGUUCAAUGCCUGAAUUUUUACGACGGUGAGUAAUAUCACAGGGUGCUCGGAAGUGCUUACAAAGCUCCGGCUUCACGC